AUGCGCCCAUCACCGAUACCCCUCCGCCGCGCCGCCCGGCAAAUCCUCUCCUCUUCCUCCACGAUCCGCGCCGCGGCACCCGCCCUGCCGACUGCCCGUCGUUCCCUAAACACCAGCACCAGCACCACCGGCUCCGACUGCACAUGCGGAAACGGCAGCAGUAGACGCCCCCAAAUACAACAGCUCCCGAAGCAACAACAACACCAACAACGCAGCUCCUACCACUCCUACGACCACCCGUCCUCUCCCGCCGCCUUCACGCCCGUCGAGGAAUCCAUUCUCAGCGUCGCCUACCAGCACGUUCCUAGCCACGGCUUCACUUCCUCUGCGCUCGCCGCCGGCGCCCGCGAUGCCGGAUACCUGGACAUCAGCCCGACGAUCCUGCCCGAGGGCGCCUUCACUUUGAUCCGGUACCACCUGGUCAAGCAGCGGGAGGGGCUCGCGGCUCGGGCAAGUGACCUCUUUGGGGGCGAGGGACACGUGGGAGCUAGACCCGGGUUGUCGGAGCGGGAGAUCAAGGCGCGCGUGGAGGCGGUUACGUGGGAGCGCUUGUUGGCGAAUGCGCAGGUUAUUGGGCGGUGGCAGGAGGCUCUAGCAAUCAUGGCACAACCAUCCUACGUCCCACCCUCGCUCAAGGAGCUCGCCCUGCUCUCGGAUGAGAUCCUCUUCCUCGCCGGCGACUCCUCCGUCGACCCGUCGUGGUAUACCAAGCGCGCUUCGCUCUCCACGAUUUACGCCGCUGCCGAGCUGUUUAUGACCAACGACCACUCCCCUGAGUUUAUGGAUACCCGAGCUUUCCUGAACCGCAGGCUCAGGGAGGUGAAUGAGGUUGGUGGUGUGUUUAGAAACUUGCGGGAGUGGGUUGGGUUCACUGCCACGGCGGGCGUCAAUGUGCUCCGGAGCAAGGGUGUCAGGAUAUAG